AGAUUGUCUUCUGCUAUGCCUCAGGGAAUAACAAAGCACUCUCCACUCAAUGUCCGGUAUCAUCUCCGGGAAGUGCGUGCCUCCACUGCUCUCCUUCGACGUGUACGGAGACCUCCUACUGCAGACAACUUGAUGGUAUCGGAGACAUGAACGCCCGUCCUGGCAAGAGAAGGCUGGGCGACAGCAAUGCCUCUCGCCGCAAAGUACCUCGAGAAGUCGUAGAAAAGCGAUCGAAGGGCAGAUCUCUCGAUGAAGAUGCAGAUCUCCGACGGGAUUCUGAGGUCCGGAAUGCAAUCGUCGAAGUGUGGCAGAUCUCGUUCGGGUACAUUCGGCAAGUGCGACGGCCAACCACGUUGUUCCUGUCUAUGAUGCGCUUCUGCAGCUGCCAAGUCCUACCGAGAGUUGUAACUUUGCACGCCAGGCAUUCGCGAAACAAAAGCCACAGUCUCCUAAGAACACAUUGACGACGGAAAUUCUUCGAGCCGUGCUGAGUCGGGACCUUCGUCGCAAGCAAACGUUGACUUUGACAAUAUUUCU